AUGGAAGCCAUCAAGAAGAAGAUGCAAAUGCUGAAACUGGACAAGGAGAAUGCCAUAGACCGGGCCGAGCAGGCAGAGACCGAUCAGAAAGCAGCGGAGGAUAAGUGCAAACAGCUGGAGGAUGAGUUGCUGGCACUGCAGAAGAAGCUGAAGGGGACAGAAGAUGAACUGGACAAAUUCUCCGAGUCCCUGAAGGACGCUCAGGACAAACUGGAGCUGUCCGAGAAGAAGGCCGCAGACGUGAGUGACAGACGAGGCCGAGACAGGGAGCUGUGGAUGUGA